AUCAACUGUCUGACACCCCCGAUGGAGGAAGCGCGAUGAGGCUGUAAUAUCAAUCUUUCUCAUGGCAUCUCGUGCCUGGUCACAAGCAUUGGGGCACCCUACCAGCCUUUAGCUGACAGGUCUUCUUGAGAGGGUGGCGCUGAGCAAUUGUCACAGUGGGAAGGAGCAGAACCGGAACACGGUAUUACAUGCCCUCGUGCGUCUGACGGGUUAACUGUAUCAGACAUGUCCCAGUCACACAGCACCCGGAGCCCAGAUCCCAGUGUAUUGCAAGACACCCCCUGGAUCCGAAGUCUGCUGCAGGGGUCCUCACCUGGACAGACAGCUGCCCCGCCAGCCUCCUCUGCGCACAGAAACUGUGAGGGAUCAUUAGAUCAACUACAGAGUUCUCCCAACCAGACACCUCUGCAUUCCUAUGAGAGAUGGAUCGCUGGCAAUGCUUACAGAGAAAAUACAGCACAGGGAGAGGUCGGGGGACUCCAAACACACCUGCUUCCAAAAGCUCCAUCAGCACAGAAGCCAUGGGAGGAGCUGGUGGGGAUGAAGCUCAGCAGCACUCUGCCGUCUGCCCCUGCCCAGGCCCCAGGACAGCAGGCCAGCGAAGGGCGCUGGACAAGGAGCGUGGCUGUGCCCCUCCAGCCUGACCGCAGUCUGGGGGAUUUCCACAGACAGAAUGGCGAGCUUCAGCACAGAGUGUCCGAACUGGAGGAGAGAGUGAGGUUCCACCUUUCAAUGCGAGAGGAUGCAGAGCAGAGAGCCGCUGGCAGUGAGAAGAAGCUGGUGGAUGUUACAGAAGGACUUGCAUCAAGCCUAGGGCUGAGUGAAAAGGAUCCAAAGAACUCCCUUGGUAACAUGAUACUGAGAGUUUCUAAGUUGCGGGAGGAAAAUUUGCAGCAGAAGGCGACGAUAGGCAGCCUGAAGGAAGCUCUAGAUAGUCAAGACCUGGAGUUCAAGACCAGUCGAGAAACGAUCCUGAAGCUGGUGGGAGAAGUGAACCAGGAGCAGCGAGCUGCUGCCUCUCGAGCAGAGGAGCUCACUGCACUCAAGAGGGGAAGAGACGAGGCUCUUGCCGUCAAAACGGCCUUGGAGAGAGAAGCGAAGCUGCUGCGAGAGAGGCUGGAGCAGAGCCAGAAGGAGUGGGGGCAGAGCCACCGGGAGCUGCAGGCAGCCGCCGCGCAGGCCGAGCAGCUGGAGCUCAGCCUGCAGUCCCAGCGCUGCGAGAACCGGGCGGCCCGCACCCUCCACAGCUCCUUCCUGCACAAGCUCGCCGGCCUGCUGAGCGACAGUGUCCUCGCAGUGCCCGAGUCCGAGGAGGCAGUGAUCGAGAGAGUCCAGGAGCUCUGCAGCGCCACGCGGGACUGGAGACAGAGGGAGGAGGAGUACGAGCGCAGGCUGCAGGGCAUGAGCCGGCAGCUGGGGCAGCACUGCGAGCUCUACCAGCAGAGCGUGGGCCACAGCCAGAGCACGCAGGAGCUCCUGCGCCAGCACCGCGACACGCUGCGCCACGUGGAGGGGAGCCUGGCGGCGAAAAGCAUGCUGAACGACGGCCUUUCCUUCGAGAAGCAAAAGCACAUAAUGUUUGUGAAUGAGAUGGCGCAGAAGCUGAAUGUGGAGGAGGAGAUCUCUGGCAAGCCCCUGCAGACUCAGUACAACGUACUGCUGUCCCGCGCAGAGCGGCUGUCCAGUUUGGGCAGCCAGUCCAUCAGUGGCUGCAGGGAGCUCAUCCAUACCCUACAGCACAAGGUUUCUUCUCAGAAAGAGAAGCUGGACAGAAAGAAGGCAGAGAUCGAGAGCCUCCAGCAGAAGCUGAAGCUGAGGGAAGAAGAGAAGGACCUGUCUGCCCUGCUCCUGAGAGAGAAGAUGGGGAGCAGAGAGACUGUCCUGCAGCUGGAGAGGAACAUAGUGAUGCUGCAGGGGCAGCUGAGUGACUUAGAGAGCACCAACCGCAGCCUGCAGGCACAGCUAGCUGAGGCCAGGCUUCUCCAGGUGAAGAAGGACGAAAAGACCAGAAACAUGGAGGGGCUGAAAAAGUCGCUAUCGGAGAGUAGGAGAUUGAAAGAGCUGGCAGAGGAGACGGUGGCGUGCGUAAGAGAAGACCUGCAGCAGGAGAGCGAGGAGAGGCAGAGGGCUCAGACCACACUGCAGGCCAUGUCCAAUGAGCUCCGAAUGACGAAGAGAGCCCUGCGUGAGGUGGCCAGGAGAGAGAGAGAGCUGGUGGAUUUUAAAGAAUGCAUCUUGAAGCUGCUGGGUCUGAAUGUCAACACCAUGGUCGCGCAGGAGAGCGACAUUCUGGCUCAGCUGGAGAGGCGUCUGCGAGACUCACACGGGGGCGACGGGGGCCAGGUGAGGAGAGACAGGCCUCCAGGAGGGACAGCCCCGAGCGACCCCACACCUGGCAGGGCUCAGCCGAAGGCACCGGGCCUGGCCCCCAACCCCAGCGCCACAGUCCAGCACGUCAUCUCUGCCAGAGCUGCGCUUCCAGCAAGCGAGUGGUGAAUACAAAGCACAGAACGACACCUCCCUCGUUCUGGAUGUGCAAAAGUACAGUUCAGCCCUCAUUUCAAUCACUCAGAUGGACAGACUACAGAAGAAUGGCUGGCAUCAAACACUUGUCCAACAAAUGCAUUACAGAUGCACAGAGACUAACAUUUUUAUUACCCAUCCAUUUAGCUUCUGCUUCUGCUUCAGUGUGAUUCUAAUGCAACUGCAGGUCACUAAGAAGUAUGUCUAAUUUUAGCUGGUGUGUAUUUUCCUUAAAUAAAGAGUGACAACACAUGCAACAUUUAAAGUGAAUAGAUCUGAGUGAAGGUGUCUACUGUAUCUUUAAAAAAAUGAUUUACAUUUAAGAUCAGUAUACUAAUAGUCCCAGUCAUAUCUAUAAGCAUAUUGCUGGUAAUGAUAAAACUCUUCCUCCUUUGAUCACAAAACUCCUGCUGCAAUAUUGCAAACCAUUGUUGUUUAUAAAGGAAAAUGGUGAAAGUGGUGAAUUACUUCUGAGAUAGAUGCCUGCCUUUACAAAUGUCCAGAUACUCUUCACAUUCUCCUCCACAGGCUGCGAUUAUUGAAAUUGUAGAUACAGUGUGGCAGAAGCCUGUAAUUCAGAAAUGAUUAGGGCAGAAUCCUCCGUUUCAACCUGCACAUGAUGUAAUGAAAGACACACCGCAUUGCAGAUAGCAAAUGGAAUUCAAUUUGCUUUUUGGUUCUGUAUCUUCAAUGAUUAAGGCAAAAUGCGUAAUUUAUGGAACAAAUUACUUACCUGAAAGAUAAAUUAUUUCUUGUCUGAAUUAAACUGAAUGGGAACAGAAGUGAAUGUGGAACUAAGAACAGACUGUUACUUUCUUUUGCCAUUGUACUGCACAGCUAGGUUCACAAAAAUACAAUUCCAGUUAACCCAGGUUGAAAUACUUGUUCAAUUUCUGAAUAAAAUAAAAAAAAUGGAGAUGUCAUAAUA